GUCUUCAGUACGUUUUGUUUAUAAGAAGAAAAAUUCGAAGAAAUGUAAAUCUUGUAUUGAUCAUGAGUUAACGUGAAUGCAGAGAGUUGAUAGUUAACCAAAGUCGAAAAUUAAGAAACGUUAAUAAUGGGGAAGGAAAAAGGAGGAUUUUUAACGCCGAAAGCCAUUGCUAAUCGGAUCAAGGCUAAGGGUUUACAGAAACUAAGAUGGUACUGUGAGAUGUGUCAAAAACAAUGUAGAGAUGAGAAUGGUUUUAAAUGUCACAUGACGUCCGAGUCCCAUCAGAGACAAUUGUUAUUAUUCGCUGAAAAUCCUGAUGAAUAUAUCGACUCAUUUUCCAAUGAAUUUGCCGAAGAUUUUUUAGAAGUUUUACGUAGAAGAUGUGGUACUAAGAGAAUCCAUGCUAAUAUUGUGUAUCAGGAAUAUAUCGCUACUAGAAAUCAUGUUCAUAUGAACUCUACCCAGUGGGAGACUCUUACUGAUUUUGUCAAAUGGUUGGGUAGGGAAGGUAAAUGUGUGGUAGAUUUGACGGAGAAAGGAUGGUUUAUAACAUACAUUGACCGAGACCCAGAAACUAUUAAACGACAAGAGUCCAUCAAACAGAAAGAAAAAAUGGACAUGGAUGAUGAAGAACGAACUUCCAAGUUUAUCCAAAAACAAAUAGAGAAGGCUGCAGCUUCAGAAAAAUGCAGACAUGAAACAGAAUUCACUGAUUUAAAGAGAGAAGAUACCGAAGAAAAAGUGGUGUUUGCUAUGCCAACAGCUUUAAAGAAAUCUGACCAACCUUCUACGUCCAAACUAACAGAGAAUGUGUUAAAGAAGGUAUCAGAAAGUAAAGAAAAACCAGAAUUAGUCCAUACUCCUAAAACUGGACAGAAGAGAAAAUCAGCUCUUGAGGAAAUUAUGGAGUUUGAAGAAAAAACAAAAGAGAAGAAAAACAGGAAAGAUUAUUGGUUACAUAAAGAUAUAGUAGUGAAAAUUAUUUUUAAAAAACUGGGAGAAAAAUAUUACAAGAAAAAAGGAUAUAUAAAGGAAGUAAAAGAUCUGUAUACAGGCUAUGUUAAAAUGCUGGAUAGUGGAGAUACGUUAAAGAUAGAUCAAACACAUGUUGAAACAGUUAUACCAUCUUUAGGUAAAACAGUAAUGAUUUGUAAUGGAGCCUAUCGUGGUCAAACAGCUAGUUUAGAAGAACUGAAUGAAAAGAAAUUUUCUUGUACUAUCAAAUUAGACAGUGGUGUAUUAAAAGGAAGACCUAUAACCAAUGUACAAUAUGAAGAUAUCAGUAAACUCCAUCAACCAUCUUGAUAGAUUGAUGAACUCUAAUUGGAAAACGGUUUAUCCAUUAAUCAAUGGCAUUUCAACAGAACAGAUAGCCAACAGUGUACAGUCACCUCAUCACUGAGUGGUACCUUGUUUCAGUUUUAGAAAAAAAGAGGGAUAUAACAAGAGAUUUCUCUAUCAAUAAAGGUGCUACUGUGGUAAAAUUUCCCUCUUGCAGUCUGUAUCUUUUCGCCCAUUUUAAUUGACUCAAAUUCGGCCGAAGAGUAGGAUGUAAAACUCCAUUAAUUUGUAUUCAUUGUAAAUAGAUGUAUGUACAUUUUAAAAUAACAAAUAAAAAAAUCCAUGCA